AUGCCCCGGCUUCUGGCCUCACCGCAUCUCACCGCUUCUCACGCCGCGUCACCGCGAUUUCCGCCUUCCCGAGUCUUCCAAUCGCGCGCUUCGAAUGCGUCAGGCGGAUGUCUAGGCGGAAAAUGGGGUGAAACUCUUACUCUCCGCCCCGACAUUAGCUCAGGGGGCGACUGGGGGAAACGCGGAAGACAAGGGAGUACGGAGAGCUAUGCGGGGCGGAGUUGGGGGGAAGGGCGGAGCAGGCGGAGAGGGGUGUGUUGCGCAACGGGGACAGGGGGGAAGGGAUUCGGAGGGGGACAGGGGACUGGGGAGAGCGCAGGCGGGGCGAAAGGGAGCAGUGCAGCCAAGAAGGAAGAGAAGAAGCAAGAGAGCGGCGCGUUUGGGGGCUUGGACUGGAGAGAAGUGGCCCGCCCUGCUCCUCCCAUGCUGGACCUGUCGAAACCACGGGUGUAUUAUUUCGCCCUCGCCAAUGCUUACACCCUCAUGGACAAGGGCGCGUUGCUAGAGGAGGUGCUAGCAGAUGGCAUCAGGAGAAGCCAAAGGGGUGGUCGCGCGCGUGAUGUGUGGAUGGUGAUGGAGCCGGCAUUCCUGGUGUCAAGAAUACAACUAGGAAUGAUGGAUUGGACUAGGCAAGAGGGCGGCCAUUCGCCCGCCCACUGCUGCAAUUGUCUCCACCAAUGGCGACUGGAUGCUCACCAUCGUGCACGAGAUGCUGCCACAG